AUGGUAAGUUCUCAACACCCUCCUACCCUCCUACCUACCUUCUUCAACAGUGACCAAGUCACUACUUUCUUCAACCAACCUCAACCAACCACGCUCCCACCAGCAACUUUGGAUGCUGAGAAACUCUCGAAGUACUUCUUCAGGUGCCCAGUCUUCGUCAUUCCUGGUCGCAUGUACCUUGUAUACCACUACCCAGAUGUGCCAUUAAUCACCGUCAUGCAAAUCCACCUGCGCAGGUACUUCUUCGGGUGCCCAAACCCAGACGCGCUAUUAAUCACCGUCAUGCAAAUCCACCUGCACGGGUACUUCUUCAGGUGCCCAAUCUUCACCAUGCCCUGUCGCACAUACCACGUAGAGAUCCUUUACACCAAAGAGCCAGAAUCCAACCAUCCAGAUGCGCCAGUCAUGCGAAUCCACCUGCGUGGGUGCUUCUUUGGGUGCCCAAUCUUCACCAUUCCUGGUUGCACAUUCCCUGUGGAGAUCUUUUGCACCAAAGAGCCGGAAUCUGACUAUCUAGAUGCGCCAUUACAGGUCUCACGUGAUGCGCUUGUCAACAGACUCCAAGUCGCUGACUGUCAUAUACCAUAUAUCCGGUUACAGAUCCGAUGA